GGUUUGUUGGACACUUUUCACUUACCUUCUGAUCAGACUCUUCUAACAGCAGCUCGACAACUCUAACUUAGAGUCAUCCAUCCAUUAUACUCCUUUCUAAUAAUUUACCACUGAAUCUUUUAAGCUCUUUUAAGCCCAUUCUACCCUUUUCUUCUUGUUUGCUAGUGUCAAAUUUAGCUUUUUUUUGAAAGUCUGUCAAAAAUGACAACAUUCCAUGAACAUUUUUUAAUGAACACUAUUGGAUAGGUUUAGGCAUUGGUUAAGGGUAAGGAUGUCUGUUUUGCUCAACUCAUUUAUCUUUAUGAACACUAUCGGUUAGGUUUAAGCAUUGGUUAAGGGUAAGACUUACUGUUUUGAUUACCUAUCAUAUAUCUUUUAGGACCAAAAAACACAAAUAUAGCACACAUAUUGGCCACUUUUGUGCAAAGCGAGACAAACAGCAAGCUGUGAAAAAGGAAGUGCCGGCUGUUAUACUGGGGUGGGGGGGUUGGCUGAACCUGCCCACUUUGCAUUAAAUACUAUUUCACUGAGGAGAACUCAACCUCUUCAGAGAAACCUUCCCAGAGCAUCAUCAUGAUCAUCUCGCUGCUUUUGCUGGGCUCUCUACUGCCAUAUCUGACACUCACAGCAUAUGUGAAUGUGGGUAUAGUAAAUGGCACAGAGGCAAAACCUCACUCUAGACCUUACAUGGUUUCUCUUCAGCAUAAUGAGAAACAUACCUGUGGUGGCUUCCUUUUGUCCAAAGAGUUUGUCAUGACAGCUGCACAUUGCUUUAAAGAGAGACAGAAUAUGACAGUCAUGAUUGGGGCUCAUGAGUGCAACAGCGGUUCAAGCCGCAUGGCUGUGAAGUUCUACCACAUUCAUCCUGGGUAUGACUCGAAAACUCUGCGAAAUGACAUCAUGCUACUUCAGCUGAAUGGAACAGCCAAACAGAGCGAAAAGGUCAAUUGGAUCUCCAUACCGAAAAAAGAUGGGGACAUCAAGGCCAAUUCCAAAUGCAGUGUUGCAGGUUGGGGGAAAAACAGAACCAAUGGCAGUACAAGUAACCGUCUCAUGGAAGUGGAUGUCACCAUCAAGGACAAAAAAACAUGUAAGAAGUCCUGGGGACAAACUUACUCCACCUCAAGGAUGGUGUGUGCAGGAGGUCAUGGAGGAUUUUGCCAGCUGAAUGGAACAUUCAAAAACCGCAAAACGGUCAAAUGGAUCCCCACACCGAAACAAGAUGGGGACAUCAAGGCCAAUUCCAAAUGCAGUGUUGCAGGUUGGGGGAAAAACAGAACCAAUGGCAGUACAAGUAACCGUCUCAUGGAAAUGGAUGUCACCAUCAAGGACAAAAAAACAUGUAAGAAGUCCUGGGUAUCAAACUACUCCACCUCAAGGAUGGUGUGUGCAGGAGGUCAUGGAGGAUUUUGCCAGGGAGAUUCUGGAGGGCCUUUGGUGUGUGGGGGCACAGCAGUUGGUGCUGUUUCAUUCAGUGAGAAAAACAACUGUGACACACCCACAAAUCCGAAUGUCUACACCAAGAUUUCCGCAUUUCUGACUUGGAUAAAUGCUAUACUUGGAGGUGUGAACCAAGAUCUUGAUUAAUAUUGAUUAAACUUCAAUUAAAGUAUUAUUUGGGCCUUUUACUCCCUCCCAAAAGUAGUGUUAACAGGUCACCAAUAUCUAUUCACGAUAAUGUUAAGUGCAUGUAAAAAACAUUGAUAAAGAAAUGCAUAUAAUGUGAAACACCUACUAUGCAAGAAUUUUUAAAUGUUAUGGAAAUGUUUCUGUAAUGAAAAUAUAUAUAUAUAUAUAUAUAAUU